CUUAGUACGUUGUAUGCGUAAAGUAUUGAUUGCAGUGAAUUAUAUUCCUAAAAAAAAAAUGUAGCAUAUAGAAUCAAAUCAUAAUCGCCACCAACCCCGCUCACUCACUCACCCUCCACUACCAACUACCAACUCAUAUAUACCACCAACACCACCCUCCAAUCGAAACAACCAUCGCAAAAAUGGCCAUGGCUCUUCGCAGACUCACCUCCACCAUCAACAAACAAACUUCACCUUUCUCCAACACCGCUUCUCUCCGUCGCAUGUCAUCUUCGCUCUCCGCACAAGUGAAUCACAAAUCUAGCCCCGAUUGGAUUAAACAGCUCAACGAUCCUCUUGAGGUGGUGGAUCCUGAGAUUGAUAAUAUAAUCGAACUUGAAAAAGCUCGUCAAUGGAAGGGACUAGAACUUAUACCUUCAGAAAAUUUUACGUCCUUGUCGGUGAUGCAAGCAGUUGGAUCUGUUAUGACGAAUAAAUACAGUGAAGGUUAUCCUGGUGCUAGAUACUAUGGUGGAAAUGAGUACAUUGACAUGGCUGAGACCUUGUGUCAGAAGCGGGCACUGGAAACUUUUGGGUUGGAUCCAACACUAUGGGGAGUCAAUGUGCAGUCGCUAUCGGGAUCUCCUUCCAAUUUCCAAGUUUACACUGCUUUAUUGAAACCUCAUGAGAGAAUUAUGGCACUCGAUCUUCCCCAUGGUGGGCAUCUUUCACAUGGAUAUCAGACUGACACCAAGAAGAUAUCAGCUGUAUCUAUAUUCUUUGAAACAAUGCCGUACAGAUUGGACGAGAGCACUGGUUAUAUUGAUUAUGACCAGAUGGAGAAAAGUGCUGCACUAUUUAGGCCAAAAUUAAUAGUUGCUGGUGCUAGUGCUUAUGCCCGCCUUUAUGAUUAUGCACGUAUUCGCAAGGUCUGUGAUAAACAGAAGGCAGUUAUGUUAGCUGAUAUGGCACACAUCAGUGGAUUAGUUGCUGCAGGUGUUAUUCCUUCUCCUUUUGAUUAUGCAGAUGUUGUAACAACCACAACACAUAAGUCACUUCGUGGGCCACGUGGGGCUAUGAUAUUCUUCAGGAAGGGUGUGAAAGAGAUAAACAAGAAAGGGCAGGAAGUGCUCUAUGACUAUGAAGACAAAAUAAAUCAGGCUGUUUUUCCUGGACUUCAAGGUGGUCCUCACAAUCACACUAUUACAGGCCUAGCAGUUGCAUUAAAGCAGGCUAUGACACCAGAGUUCAAGAGUUAUCAGAAACAAGUUCUUAGUAACUCCUCGACUUUUGCACAGAGUUUGAUAGAGAGAGGCUAUGACCUUGUAUCUGGCGGAACUGAGAACCAUUUGGUGUUAGUGAACUUAAGAGACAAGGGCAUUGAUGGCUCCAGGGUUGAGAAGGUGUUGGAAUCAGUUCAUAUAGCUGCCAAUAAAAAUACUGUUCCAGGGGAUGUGUCUGCUAUGGUUCCAGGGGGUAUCAGAAUGGGAACCCCUGCUCUCACAUCCAGGGGUUUUGUUGAGGGUGAUUUUGAGAAAGUAGCUGAAUACUUUGACGCUGCAGUCAAAAUAGCCUUACAGAUCAAAGAAAAUUCUAAAGGCACAAAGUUGAAGGAUUUUGUGGAAGCUAUGCAAUCAGAUGCACAAAUUCAAUCUCAAAUUGCUAAUCUCCGACGUGAAGUAGAAGAUUAUGCUAAGCAGUUUCCCACAAUCGGUUUUGAGAAAGAGACAAUGAAGUAUAAUAAGUGAAGAUGAAGUAUGGAGUUUCUUUAAGAGUUUAUGGAAUAACAACCCAAAUUUGGAUAUGUUGCUCAACAUAUUCUAACUCUGGUCUUAGAAGUUGUGAAUUAUAUUAUCAAAGGUUAAGUGAAAAAGAAAAGGGAAAAGUUUUAUGACAAUGAUAAUAAUCCUUUUAUAUAGGGAUGAGCAUUUUCUUUCAAACUUGAUAUAGAUAAUUAUUUGGAGUUGAAAGUUCCUUUUGAUGAUGAAGUUUGAGCAUUUUUGGAUU